GCGUUUCCGGGUGCGCGGCGGGGCCGGGCCGGAGCCGCUGGGGCUGUCCCCGGCUGUCCCCCCGCUGUCCCCCGCCGCGAUGGACUUUUCGCGGUUCCUGUCGGACGAGUUCGAGGUGAAGGGCUGGGUGAACGCGGCGUUCCGCGCCGUGCAGCAGGAGGCCCCGGGCAAGGUGGACGCGCACGCCGCCACGCUGGUGAUGAAGCUGCAGCUCUUCAUCCAGGAGGUCAACAACGCCGUGGAAGAAACAAGCCACCAGGCUCUCCAGAACAUGCCCAGAGUCCUCCGCGAAGUGGAAGUCUUGAAACAGGAGGCAACAUUCCUGAAGGAGCAGAUGAUCCUCGUUAAAGAGGAUAUAAAGAAGUUCGAAGAAGACACAGCUCAGUCCAUGCAGGUCCUGGUAGAGAUUGACCGAGUGAAGUCCAGGAUGCAGUUAGCUGCAGAGUCUCUUCAGGAAGCAGACAAAUGGAGCACACUGAGUGCAGAUAUUGAAGAGACUCUUAAAACACAGGACGUGUCCCUGAUCUCAGCCAAGCUGACCAGCAUGCAGAGCAGCCUGGCCAUGCUGGUGGACACGCCGGAUUACUCAGAGAAGUGUGUGCACCUGGAGGCUCUGAAGAACCGGCUGGAGGCCAUGGCCAGCCCUCAGAUUGUUGCUGCUUUUAACUCCCAGUCUGUAGAUCAGGCAAAAAUGUUUGUUAAAGUCUUCACUGAAAUUGAUCGGAUGCCCCAGCUUCUUGCGUAUUAUUACAAGUGUCACAAGGUGCAGCUGGUGGCCGUGUGGCAGGAGCUGUGCCAGAGAGACUCGAGCCUGACCCGCCAGCUGAGCGAGCUGUACGACACCCUGCUGGGGACCUGGCACGCCCAGCUGCAGUGGGCAGCACAGGUUUUCAGGAACCCCCAUGAAGUCGUGACUGUGCUGUUGAUUCAAACGCUGGGAGCUCUGGUGCCUUCCAUCCCCGUGUGUCUCAGCACUGCCAUGGAGAGGACGGGCCAGGACACCAAGCUGACCACGCUGCUGGAGCUCCACGAUGCCACUGGCCACUUUGCCAAGGGGCUGGAGGUAGCCAUGCUGCCAAACCUGAAGGAGCAGAACCUGGUGAAAGUGAUGGAGCUGGUGGAAGUGGUGUAUGCUCCAUACAAGCCCUAUCAACUCGAGUAUGGAGACCUAGAAGAAGAGAAUCUCCUCAUCCAGAUCAGUGCAGUGCCCUUGGAGCAUUGGGAAGUGAUUGAUUGUGUCCAGGAACUGAACCACUCAGUCAACAAACUCUUCAUUCUGGCGGCCGGAGCCAUCGACAACUGCGUCAAGCUCACGGAUGGCCUGGGGGUGUGUGGGCUGCUGAAGGCCCUGAAGGCCCUGUUCUCAAAGUAUACAUCUGACUUCACAAACACACUGCAGUCUAUACGAAAGAAAUGUAAACUGGAUGAAGUCCUGGCAGAUUCCCUGUUCCAGGAGGACUGGACUGCAUUCCAGAACUCUGUCCGGAUAAUUUCCAUUUGUGGUGAACUCCUUCAUCAGUGUGGAGACUUUGAGCAGCAGCUGGCCAACAGGAUUUUGUCAACUGCUGGAAAGUAUCUCUCGGACUCGUACAGCCCUUGCAGUUUUUCUGGCUUUCAGGACACCAGUUCUGCAGAAAAGAAGAGCUCCAUAAAAAAUCCCUGGCAGGAGUACAAUUAUCUCUUGAAGGAGAAUCCAUCCGAGUAUGCCAGCCUUAUGGAAACACUUUACACCCUGAAGGACAAAGGCACCAGUAACCACAACCUGCUGUCGUCGUCGCGGGCGGCGCUGGCACGCCUGAACCAGCUGUCCCAUCACCUGGCCUUCGACUCCGUGUUCCUGCGCAUCAAGCAGCAGCUGCUGCUGGUCCCCAGGAUGGAGGGCUGGAGUUCUGGUGGCAUUGGUGAGACCCUGACAGAUGACCUGCCAAACUUCAGCCUGACCCCUCUGGAAUAUAUCAGCAAUAUCGGGCAGUACAUUAUGUCACUUCCUCUGCACCUUGAGCCAUUUGUCACUCAAGAGGAUUCUGCUUUGGAACUGGCAUUACAUGCUGGAAAACUGCCUUACCCCCCAGAGCAAGGAGAUGAGCUGCCCGAGCUGGACAACGUGGCUGACUACUGGCUGGGCUCCAUCGCCAGGGCCACCAUGCAGACGUACUGCGAGGUCAUCCUGCAGAUCCCCCAGCUCACAGCACACUCCACCAAGCAGCUGGCCACGGACAUCGAUUAUCUGAUAAAUGUGAUGGAUGCCCUGGGCCUCCAGCCGUCGCGGGCGCUGCAGAACAUUGUGACUCUGCUGAAGGCCAAGCCAGAGGAGUUCCGCCAGGCUGCCAAGAGCCUGCCCCGCCGGAUGGCCGCUGGCAUCGCAGCCAUGAGGGGCCUGGAGGGUUAGCUGUGCCCUCCCUGCCUCAGGAGGGGCCUGGAGUGCCAGCUGUGCCCUCCCUGCCUCUGGCAUCACUGCCAGGAGGGGUCUGGACUUGCAGCUGUGCCCUCCCUGCCUCUGGCAUCGUGGCCAUGAGGGGCCUGGACUUGCAGCUGUGCCCUCCCUGCCUCUGGAAUCACUGCCAGGAGGGUCUUGGAGUGCCAGCUGUGCCCUUCUUGCCGCUGGCCCUCCCUGCCACUGGUCCCUGCACAAGGACUCACCUCCUCAGAUUGGUUUUCAUUUCUGCAAGGACACUGAAAAGAUCUCUGGAGACUAGGGGAAUUUAUUUCAGACUAACUUUUAAUAAAUGUCUUUGUCUAGGAAAA